CCAGACGCGGCGGCUCUCACUCCGGGGCGGGCCCCCGCGGCGCGGCGCCCCGGUGCCUCCCGUCACCAAGUCCGGCCGGCCUGCGCCUCCCGAGACUCAGAGCAGGAGCCCCAAACAGCCUCUCUUCUGACAACUGUCAGCUGCUGCUGCUACCAGCCUGUCCCCUGCCCAGGUGUGUCACCGUGCUGCCUCUCAGCAGGGCCGUGGGCCAGAGGAGGGCAUGUCCAACAACAGCACCACCAGCAUCUCGCAGGCCCGCAAGGCCGUGGAGCAGCUCAAGAUGGAAGCGUGCAUGGACCGGGUGAAGGUAUCCCAGGCCGCCGCAGACCUCAUGGCCUACUGUGAGGCCCACAUCCGGGAGGACCCUCUCAUCGUCCCUGUGCCCGCAUCGGAGAACCCGUUCCGGGAAAAGAAGUUCUUCUGCACCAUCCUCUGACUCUGUCUACGGCGAGGCUCCUCCUUUUCCAGAAUGCCCCGUGGGGACCCGCAUGUGCAUAGCUUUAGGGAACCCCGCCUGUCCCUGCCUGUCCCUGCCCAGCCACGAUCGCAUGAGUCGGUCUCAUCUGCCCCUUGGUUUUCUUCAUUACACUAAUUUCACUUUUUCUUUUCAUUUUCAAGGUAUUUUCAUUAUUGGCAAAGAAAAUAGACAUUUUUGUAGUUAAAUAACAAA